AUGUGUGGCGGUGUUACAGCUUAUAAAGCACUGAAGGUGGCGAAUCUCGCGAAGGGUUCGUGGGUUGGUAUUUCUGGCGCUGCAGGAGGAGUGGGAUUGUUAGCAUUAUCAUAUGCGAAACAGAUGGGCUACCAACCUAUCGCGAUCGACGGGGGAGAGAAACGAAGACUUGCCUGCAUGGGUGCAGGAGCAGGGGUCUAUUUGGACUUUGAAAAGGAGGACAACCUAAGGAGCGCCAUGCACCUACAAACGAACGGCAAGCUUUGUUCUGCAAUCAUUGUAUGCGCCGGAGCUACAGCAGCCUACGAAGAGGCACUGAAUUGUCUAGAUUACCACGGAACGCUGGUCGCAGUAGGCAUCCCGCCACCCACCGCAAAGAUAUCACUUCAUCCCCUCCCUUUAAUCGACUACGGGAUUCGGAUCGUUGGGAGCAUCGCGGGCGAUCGGGUGGAUAUUGCAGAGGCUGCAGAAUUUGUUCGAAAGGAUCUGGUGAAACCUAGGAUCACAGAAAUUGGCGUUCACGAGCUAGAGAAUUAUGCUGGCUGA